AGCUUCCUCUGUGUCUCGCUGCAUCCCAGCGCACUGAGAAAUAACUGAGCGCAGUGAAAGGCGAGCAUUCAUUCAAGGACCUUGACUGGCGCUGCUGAAGCCUGGAGGCUCAGUAGUGAUUCAGCAGCACCGCGGAGCAGCCGACAGGAGAUAGAGGAGGAACAAAGAAGGAGAGAAAGAAGGAAAGAAUAGAAGAAGAAAAAAGAAGAGGUGGAGAAGAGCGUGAGCUGCGCGCUGGGUUGGAGCCGUUAUUUUAUCGCUGAACAACAAAACCAUGCAAAGGAGGAUUUUUCAAACCGGUGGAAACUUCUCCUCACUCACCUAAAGCCUUCAGCUCUCACUCAGAAUUCACCUAAACUCCAGCAAAUUCGGAUUUCACGGGAUUUCGCGGAUGCGUCGAGCGCACCGGACCUAUCCAGGGGUGUAGCCGUGGUGCUUCUCGUGCGUCUUUGCGCCGGUAGAGGCUGUGUGUGUGAGCGUGUGUGUGUGUGACAGAGCUGGUGGAGGAUCAGCCGGAGUGGCCGACCAGUCAGAAGGAUGCUGGAGGGCAAUGCCUGCAGAAAGAGAGGAUGAGAUUUGUCGAAAGGCGCUGGAACUGCUCUCCGACCUGUGCUCCAAGGGAGAGGUGCAGGACGACAACUGCCUGGAUUUCAUUUACUACUUCAGGGACUUGGCCAGACCGCGUUACACGGACUCAGAUGUAUCGGUGAGCCUGUUGUCCCUGCUGGUGACCACCUGUGGUCUGGCUCUCUUCAGCGUCUCCCUCUUUGUCUCAUGGAAGCUGUGCUGGGUGCCACUGAGUGGCCGUUUCCUCCCAGAUGUCCUCAAGGGGGCGCACUUCCUGGGAGGAGACCAACAGCCUGUCCUCACAGAGGUGGACGGGGAGGAAAGGGAGUACAGCGAAGAUGGCUGUGUGAAAGAGCCUUCCGGGCUCCCCUCAGCUGUGGCUGUCCCAGAGUCAGCCCUAAAGAUAAGCCAUACCUCGCCUGACAUCCCACUGGAGACCCAGACCAAGGUGGAGAAAAACCAGGUCCACACUCUGGCCAGGGACAGGGUCCAGAGACAGAUUACUGAGCCUACCUCAUCUGUACGGCACAACUCCAUCCGUCGUCAGAUGAACUUGUCCAAUCCGGACUUCAACCCUGCUCAGUUCCAGCGUCAGGAGUCUCUGUCUGGUUUGGGCCGAAUCAAACCAGAACUCUACAAGCAGCGCUCUGUGGACGCAGAAGACGCUCGUCGCACCGAUAGCUGCGGGCGUCUCCACUUCGUCCUGAAGUUUGACUUUGACCUUGAGCAGCUGAUUGUGAAGAUCCACAAGGCCCAGGACCUUCCCGCCAAGGACUUCUCAGGGACCUCCGAUCCUUAUGUCAAGAUCUACCUGCUACCUGACCGCAAAACCAAGCACCAGACCAAGGUGCACCGCAAGACACUCAACCCUGUGUUUGAUGAGGUGUUCCUCUUCCCUGUGGCGUACACCGAGCUGUCGAGCCGUAAGCUACACUUCAGUGUCUACGACUUUGACAGGUUCUCUCGCCAUGAUUUGAUUGGCCAAGUGGUGGUGGACAACUUCUUGGAUCUUGCCGACUUUCCUCGGGAGACUAAACUGUGCCGGGACAUACAAUAUGUAACCUCGGACAAUGUGGACCUGGGAGAGCUGAUGUUCUCGUUGUGCUAUCUCCCCACGGCUGGCAGGCUCACCAUCACCAUGAUCAAAGCCAGAAAUCUCAAAGCCAUGGACAUCACUGGAGCCUCAGAUCCAUAUGUGAAAGUGUCCCUGAUGUGCGAUGGCCGGAGGCUAAAGAAGAGGAAGACGUCAACCAAGCGUAACACUCUGAACCCGGUGUACAACGAAGCCAUCGUGUUUGAUGUUCCUCCUGAGAACAUCGACCAGAUCAGCCUGCUCAUAGCUGUCAUGGACUAUGAUCGGGUUGGACAUAACGAAGUGAUCGGGGUGUGCAGGGUGGGCAAUGAGGCGGAGAGUCUGGGGCGAGACCACUGGAGUGAGAUGCUGACAUACCCACGGAAACCCAUUGCACACUGGCACCCUCUCAUAGAGUGGGUCGGACAGGGAGCGGUCGGCAGUGGAAGCCAAGGAGGAUCCACCAAUUCCCUGAAGACACCUCCAUCGCCAUAACCACAAACGCACACAGACACACACACACACACACACACACAACACACACACACACACACACACACACACACACACACACACCCAAACACAUGCACAGAGCCUCAGGGUGGAAGAAUGAUGGAUGAUGGAACUGCAGACUGAAAUGUUAAAACAUAGAGUACAAGGUGUAACUAACAAGCGACUGCAGUAGUAACAUCAGCUAAAAGCCAUUACACACACACUGGUGUGUCACUAGAUUGAACAAGGCUUUAGUGUGCUAAAGCUGCCACAAAGGCUAAUCCACACCUUUUACUUCCUCUGUCUUCACAACCAAAAAAACACUUAACUACAUUCCAACUGAACUACUACAGUACUUUCAUUCAUUAUUUUAUAUUAACAGGUUGUACUAACAGGCUGAGAGGUUGAGGUUAUCUAACAGGCCAAGCUUUUUUUUGUUUGUUUGUUUAUUUUAGCAAAUUACAGUUUGAGGACCACCAAAAUCAUAAGUUUUUAGUCCAAUGUGUGAAGCUGUGACUUGUAAUUGAUGUGAGUGAUCAGCUAUCAUAGAAAAAGUACGAGUUAGACAGGUGAAGUUACAGACAGAGAGGGCAUUUCAGAUCAACAAAGUCUCUGCUCUUUUGAACACUUGUUUGGCUGUCAGACAUUCAAACUGCAUAGGCUGAGCGAUGCCUGAACUCUGUGGCAGCCACAGCAGAACUGAGCGUAAGAGAUUUUCGUAGUGUAAACCUUAGUUUUACUUCGAUGGGCGACUUUCUCACAGAAAACUUCCUGGAAAGAUGAUACCUGAAGAGGAUUUGCUCCAAGAAUGUGUAAAGCAGCUGACAGAUGACACAUAAAGUGUUUUAUUUACUGCAUGUUAAAUUGUCAUACUUUGUUAACAGGGUGUGGUCAAAAUACCGAAAACGCUGAUCAGUCUCCAACGUAGUGUCAUUACUAAUUGUAUUAUUGGUUUGUUACAAUGUGAGCAUUAUAUUUGCAGGGAUGGAAAGAUGCUGGAAAAUAGUAAAAGUACUGUUACUUUAAAGACAUCUUACUUUCGUGAAAGUAAAAUUAUUGUGUAAAAAUAGUGAGAACCUCAGAUUAUCAGUUAAAGUAAAGAACUUCCUUCCUCAGUUUAAUCUUACUAGACUUAAGCAAAAAGAGGAAUAAACUCAAACACCAAUCAUACACAAUACAUGGACUGUGGACUCCACUGUGGACACUUCUUUUUGAAUUAGCAGCAGAAGCAUCACUAACAGGGUGUGAACUACAGGGGCUAUUAAGACAUGAUAAUAAGACAUGAUUUAUGAAAUUUGGGGGGUCUCUAAAAUAUUGACAAUGUGCCAUUUUUGCUCUGCAUUUCUCUUCUUCUGUAUCUUUAUGAUUAUGGAUUGUGUGUAAAAUGAGGCUAUUUUUGAUGUAUGUCAUUAAGUGAUUAUUAUAUUUCAAAUGUGCUGACAUAAAGCAAGUAGGGCUACAUGAUUGUACCCCCCACACACACCUGCAAGCAAAAUGACAGAUCUUUAUAAAUACUUUAAAAAACUACACACAAAACAAAAGUUAGUAACUUAAAAACAGUCACGAGAGUAAAAGUACUUCCAUCCCUGUAUAUUUGUAGUUUUGGCCAUCAUUUCUAUUCAAAUAGAUUCUCAGUAAAUGAAGAGACCCAGAAACAACCAGUCCUCUUAUGCUGCCGGUCUACCUGGCACCAAGUUUUAUGUUUUUUAGUUUAGGCAAUUUGAAUAAACACAGUGUUUGGAAUAUGUACCAUGCUUACACAAAAUAAGCUUAUAAUAAUUAAGAUUUUGAAACAGUGCCCCUCUGCAGGACAGGGCCAAAAUAUGGUGGAUUUUCUACUUAAAGCAGCCUUAGGUCUAGCAACGAUUGCCUAUUUACACAUCCAGCAGACAGGGAGCAUAAGCAUUCAUUUGCAGUCGUAUUUCUGGCCAUCUGAUGAAUGAAAGUCCAGUAUUCGCUCUCUUUCUAGCUCUGUCUUUGGUCUUUGCCAAUUCUUAAGGGACGCCUGUAGCUCUUUAGUGGCUAAAUGCUCCACUCCACUCCAAAUAAAGUGGUUUAGAUAUUCUGGAUAAACCGUCGGCUCAUUAGUCUGACUGCUUGAUUUUUUGCAAUGUCGACAUGUUUCCAGAUCUCAGCAAGUAUUUUGGGGAAUACACUGUUAUCAUAUCACAUCAUUAAGAAAUUUCCCCCCUGACAGUAUUUCUGAUUCGGAUUCUUAUUCUGAUAACAAAUUUAUGUGAUGGACAAAACUAUAUGAUAGUUUAAGUGGCGAUACAAAUAUUGAUUAGUAAGUUGCACUUACUUGAGUAUUUCCAUUUCCCCGUAUGUGGUACAGCAGCCUGCAGUGUCGAUAGGCUAUUACUUGUAAAGUGUGACCAAUCAGAUAUUGAGUGAGACUACAGACAGACAGACAGACAGGCUACAUCAGAACGAAAGUAGCGCAUUUUUAAAUGAAUUUAUUUGUAUGGAAUAAAAUAAAUAAUGAUUCUGAUAUUCUGAAAAAUGUUGAAUAUUGGAUCCAAUAAUUGGUCAGGCUGAUAAUAGUAGUAAGUACUGGUGCCUUUUUGAUGGGGGCUUGUCACUGUAAAAGGCUCCCAUUUAGAAAAAAGUCUAAUUAAUAAUACAGAUGAUAACUCAUUAGUGAUUACUAUUAGCUUUGCCAUGAAAUUAAUAUCUUGAUUGUUUCUAUACUGACACACUUGCAGCAGCCCUAUCUACUGUAAUCGGACUUACAUGUUUUUUUCCUUCAAUUUUAGACCACACCCUGUGGUUGUUUUAAUAAGCCAGUGUUUGUUUUUUGAAAUUCAAAUUAAUACCAGUAUUGUUUAUGUCUUUGUAUUGGACACUGUCACAAAUAACAAUUUCUUAUGUGUUUGUAGGUACAAUGCAUGCAUCAUUUUUCUGUGAGUCAUUUUUAAAUCUCUCCUCUGUUGUGAGAUACUAAUCAAACUGUAAACACAAGAUGUAUUAUGAAGCUAAAGCAGAGUGUGUAAAUUGUCCAUUCAGAUGUUAUUAAUAAAUAUUUCUAUAUAUAUAGAUAUA